AUGGCGUUCGUGUUGGCUGAAACCGCCGCUGGGUAUGCCCUUCUCAAGGCUGCGGACAAAAAGAUCCACAAGAGCACCUCGCUUGUCUCCGACUUGGCGACGCCUGAACAAGUAAUCCAAGCCUUCAAGGUCCACCGCUUCCAAAAGUUCGAGCUGGCGGCUGAUGCUUUGGCGCAGGCCAACGCUGUCAUUGAAGGUCAGUGUUCGCUGGAGCUUCAAAAGUUUCUCGAAGAAGCCAAGCCCGACAAGAAGGCGACUUUGAUUGUGUCGGAAGCCAAGCUUGGUAACGCCAUCAACAAGUUGGGGCUCAACUUUUCCGUUGUUGCCGACGCUGCUUGCCAAGACGUCCACCGGGCCAUCAAGGAAUUUUUGCCCGAAUUGUUGCCUGGUUUGGACGGCUCCACCCUCAACCAGAUGUCGCUUGGUUUGGCCCACUCGAUGGGCCGUCACAAGCUCAAGUUCUCCGCCGACAAGGUCGACGUGAUGAUUGUGCAAGCGAUCGCUCUCUUGGACGACUUGGACAAGGAACUUAACACCUACGCCAUGCGGAUGAAGGAAUGGUACGGGUGGCACUUCCCGGAGUUGGCGAAGCUCAUCGUCGACUCGUCCGCCUACGCCAAGAUCAUCUUGACCAUGGGGUACAGAUCCAACGCCGCCGACACCGAUCUCUCGGAGAUCUUGCCCGAAGAACAAGAAGAACAAGUCAAGACCGCCGCCGAGGUGUCGAUGGGUACCGAAAUCACCCCUGAGGACUUGGCGCUGAUCCAAGAGUUGGCGACUCAGGUCGUCGACUUUGCCGCCUACAGAGAACAAUUGUCGAACUACUUGCUGUCGAGAAUGAAGGCCAUCGCCCCCAACCUCACGAUGUUGGUGGGUGAGCUUGUCGGUGCCCGUCUUAUCGCCCACGCUGGUUCGCUUACCUCGCUCGCCAAGGCCCCCGCCUCCACCAUCCAGAUCUUGGGUGCGGAAAAGGCGUUGUUCAGAGCGCUUAAGACCAAGCACGACACUCCUAAAUACGGUAUCCUCUACCACGCCCUGUUGGUGGGUCAAGCCUCGGGCAAGAACAAGGGGAGAAUUGCGCGUGUCCUCGCCGCCAAGGCCGCCUGUGGUGUCCGUUACGACUCGUUCGCUGAAGAACGUGACGACUCCGGUGACUUUGGUGUUGACUUGAGAGGCAAGGUGGAACUGAGAUUGUCGGCUCUUGAAGGCAAGGACUUGAGAACCGUCAAGACGUCGAGACAACAGCAAAAGAUCGAGAUCUCCGAGGCCAGAGCUUACAACGCCGACGCCGACGCCGCCAUGGACUCCGACGACGAAGAAGAACCCAAGAAGGAAGUGUCGAAGAAGAGAGCUCGUGACGACAGCGAAGACGACGAAGAAGAAGAAAAGACCGUCAAGAAGGAGAAGAAGGAAAAGAAGGAGAAGAAGGACAAGAAGGAAAAGAAGGAAAAGAAGGACAAGAAGGAAAAGAAGGAAAAGAAGGACAAGAAGGAAAAGAAAGAGAAGAAGGAAAAGAAGGACAAGAAGAACAAGGAUUAG